ACAUCGUACAUAGCGAAUGAGCACGAGGCUGAGGCCUGAGUCGCCUGACUCCUGAGGCCCCCGGGAAGCACCUCAAUCAAAUCUCCAACAACAGGGAAAAGGAGAUCCUGCAGAAGCUUUUACGCACAACAUAUAUUCCAUCCGUGUCCGCUUCAUCUCUCUCUCUCUCUGUCUCUCUCUCUCUCUCUCUCGCUACAAUUGAAGCGUUUUGUUCAUCUCAGCUUCAAGGGCGAACAAAUUCCAACGAUCUAUCUAUCAAUCAAUCUUGCUUUCUCCGUAAUCGCAAGAGGAAACCCUAAAAUUUGGAGGAGAUGCAACAGGGAGAUUACAGUUCUCCUUAUUACCAGCAGUACCAUCCACCGCCUCAUCUCCAAAACCCUAGCCCUACCCCAAUCGAUCCGCAACCCAAUCUUUUGCCGACAACCUACGCCUCUGCACCUCCUUUCACCCCAAACUACUCUUCAUCAUCCGAUUACUCAAGCUUUUCCUCUUCCUACCCUCCAUAUUCACAGAAUUUCGAUCUUUCCCCCAACCUCCCUCCCACCGCUCCGACUUACGCACAAACCCCCAAUUUGCAAUCCUUCAAUCCCUCCCCUCAGCUUUCUUCUCCCUAUCCAGCUUUCUCUCCGGCACCGGCUGCGGUUCCAGAGCCCCAGGCACCUUACCCAGCUCCGCCACAGCAACCUUCAUAUUACCCACCAUACGAUCAGCAUCAGGCGGCUCCAAAUUAUGGUCCUUCUCCAUCUCCCUCGAUUCCUUCGAUGACAUCAGCGCCCAUCUCCAACCCGAAUCCCUCGUUCUCGGCGCCGUAUUCGAAUUCAUAUACCCAACUUGGUUCUUCGUUGCCGCCGCACAUGUAUGAAAGCUCUUAUGAAAGUAGCGUGAAAUUCGAUCAUGGUGGUGGUUAUAUUGAUGAGAGUUCCGCUCGGUACGGUGGUCAGGGCCUGUACGGCCGAAGCCGCUCUGAUCUCUACGACAAGAGACCCGAAAGCACGAUCCAUUAUGAUCUAGGUGGCCUUCGUGAUGAUGGCCUUGGUGAUGGUGUUUAUGCUUAUGAUGGUGGGAGGGUGGAUCCCUACGGAGCUCGAGGCACUGCCUCCAAGUCUUCAACUUUGUCGGCUUUUGAUGAUUAUGGAAGGUCAGUGAACUUCCCCUCGCAAGGAAAGGACCAAGUGAAUUCUGGUUCUCCCAAGAUUGUGAGAGCUGUUCCAAAGGUAGAGACGCAGUCGGACGUCAAGAAUGGAGUGCAGAAAUUCCGGGUUAAGCUUCUGCCUGAAGGUUCGAGCCAGGGGACCAUGGAUGUUCUUUGCCAGAUUGGUUUGGAUGGGAUUCGUAUGCUUGAUCCCAAUACUAGUCGGACAUUGAGAAUUUACCCACUUGAGACAGUGACAAGAUGGGAAGCCAACUCGUCAAUUUUUACUUUUUGGUCCAAAAGCUCUGUUGACAUUGAACCAAGACGCAUAAGGCUGCAGUCGAACAGCUAUACCACCAACACCAUUCUUGACACUGUGACAGCUGCAACUGUUCAGAUAAAGGAGAUGGGUGGAAGAUUUAAACCUACUGACUCUGUCAAGGCAUCUGAACUGCCUACUGAGAAAAAGAAAGGAAUUGCUGAUUGGAUGAACAUAAUAAAGCCUGGCAAUGAGGAGAAAGAUCAUUGGGUCCCAGACGAGGCGGUUAACAAAUGCACAUCUUGUGGGACGGAUUUUAAUGCUUUUGUGAGGAGGCAUCACUGCCGGAACUGUGGGGAUAUUUUUUGUGACAAGUGCACCCAUGGUAGAAUUGCUCUCACUGCGGAUGAGAAUGCCCAGCCUGUUAGAGUUUGCGAUCGAUGCAUGGCGGAAGUUACUCAAAGGCUGAGUAGUGCAAAAGAAUCAGCCAUCAAACCUGCUGGAUUGCAGAGCCAUGAGGAUCUUGCGAAGAAGCUUCAGGAAGAAAUGGACCGAAACCGCAAGGCAUCAUCAGGGUCGAAAUCUGACGGAUCUGGAAAGCGGAUGAGAGAAGUUGCUUGUCCUACUUGUACUGUACAUCUGCAGGUCCAAGUUCCAAGCUCUGGUUCUGAGACCAUCGAGUGUGGGGUGUGCCAACACCCAUUUCUUGUUAGUGCUCAUUGAGCUGCCUCAGACAUUGCAUCGUGUUUAUAAUUUUCCGGCCAAAGCAGUCAAUAACUCUGAAAUGUUGAUCUUCAUGAUUUUAAUUGUCCAUUCUAAUUUGUUUCAUGUUCUGGUUGUGCCUGAUAUUCAUAAGCCACUGGAUUUCUGGAACUUGUGUAUAUUCUCUACAGUUAUGUACAUUUCUGUUGAGCAUUUUAGGUUGGUUGAUGUAUGUAUAAUGCAAAUUUCUGGUAAAAUCGAGACAAGUUUUGUUCAUGAAGCACCAUUAUCCGAUUUGUGUUUUA